GUCGCUUUCCGCUCGUACGACUUCCCCCGCCACGUCAUCUUCCUAGGUGGCCUCACGGACGGGCUGCUGCCCACGCAGUACACCGCCAGGCUGGCGUCCGAGCUGGCAGCCGCCCAUUGGUCGCUGCUGCAGACUCAGCUGUCGUCUUCUUACUUCGGAUACGGCGCAUCGUCACUAGAGCAGGAUGCUGCCGAAAUAGAUGAGCUCAUCGCUUACAUCAUCAGGCGGUACCACGCCUCGGAGGUCGUUCUGGUCGGCCACAGCACGGGCUGCCAGGACAUAGUGGCAUAUCUCAAGAGCACUAAAGCUACCCAUCGCAGCGCAGUCAAAGCCGCCAUUCUUCAGGCGCCAACGAGUGACAGGGAGUGCAUGGAACAGCAGGCGAGGGAGGGCGCCAAAGGAGCGGAUGAAGCAUUUGAGGAGAUGAAACGGGCGGCGCAUGCCAUGAUUGCGGGCGGCAGAGGCGCCGAGAUGAUGCCAAGAAGCGCCGACCCGCUCGCACCAAUCACGGCGUACAGGUUCCACUCACUUGCAUGCACGGGAGGGGACGACGACAUGUUCAGUUCAGACUUUUCGGAUAAAGAGUUGAAGGAGCGACUGGGGCACAUGGGCUCAUGGCCAUGCAUG